UAAUGUCAGGGAUAAUAUUGAAUUAAAGAUUUUAGAAGGUAGAGGAAAUGUGCUUAGAACAUGCAAGAAUAUUAAAAUAAAAUCUUUUUGCAGGAGUAUAAUUUAAAUUGCCAAAAUAAAUAAUGGAAUUGAAUAGGUAAUAAAAUUUUUGAUUCUCAAGUGAAAUCUUAAAUUUAUCGAGUGAAUGGAGCAGAAGUUUUCCCAAAAAUGCUCAUUCUCAACAGAAUGCAAAAAAUGAUGGAAUGGAGGAUAAAUUGAUAAAUUUGUACAAAUAAUGUUUAAAUGAAUUUGUUACAGAUUUGUAUGAGUAAUUUAAAGAAACCUAAAAUCAAAAAGACAUAGUAAAUAUAUACAUAUGAAAUUUAGACCCUUUAAUUAGUGGCUAAGCAUUAUCAUGAUUACAAAGCAUAUUCAUAUUGGCUUUAUAAGAUCUUUUAUCAUCUAGAUUCAAGUACUUUAUCAACAGUAGGGGCUGAUUUGCAUAGUCUCUCACUUGAAGCCAUACAAAAAGGGUAUUUUAAAGAAGGUAAGGAGAAAUUAUUUAGCACAAUUUUGGAUGUUUUAUUGGAAUCAAGAUAGUAGGAAAUUUUGUUGGAUAAAAAAGUUAAAUCAUUAUGUGAAUUAUUUAUUGUAAUGGAUGCGAAAUCAGUAAGGUUAAAAUAUGAAAGAGAAUAGAGUAUGUAUGAUUAUAUUUGCUUAAAUUUUUAAGAGACAGAAAAAUCUUAUAGAGAUAAUUUUGAAAAUAAAUUUAUUGAUGAAGUAAUAAUCAUAAAAUAUUGUUUAAGACUAAGAAAUUUUAUAAAGUUUAAAUUUCUGAAAGAAAAAAUUUGGGAGCAAUUGAAUUUGUUAGAUGGGCACUUAAAGUAAUUUAAUUAGAAGAGUAAAUGAGUUUAGAAAGUUAUUCUAAGAGUUUUGAUAAGAUAAAAAAUUCACUUAAUCAACUUUUCGUAAAGGAAUAAGCAUAACGACUUUCAACUACAACAGUAUAAUAUUUGUUAUCUGUUGAUGGAAUAACAUAAUUGGGAGAAUUGUAUAAUCUAAUAUCUAGGGAGAAGGAUUGUGUAAAAUUUAUUGCUGAAGAAUUUACAGUUUAUUUUUUAUCUCAAGUUCGUUAAGUGAAUUAAAAUAUAUCUGACCAAUCGAAAUAAUAAUCAUAAGGAUAAAAUAAAUAAGGUAUUUAUCUAAAUUUAUUCUUUUAGUUUUAGCAGAGAAUUUAUGUAAUUAAAUUUUGGAAAUUAUGGAAAAGGCAAAAGAUAUUAUAAAAACUUAAAUGCAAAAUAGUAGUAAACUUAUAUAAGCUUAUCAAAAUGCAUUUACAACAGCAUUUAAUGAAGUUGAUGAGGCUCCUUUUUACGUUGCUCUUUUUGCUGAUAUGUUAAUAAGAAGCGAUAAAGGUAUUAAUGAAAUAGAGACUGAUAUAAAAUUGAAUAAAAUUUUUACUCUAUUUUAAUUGCUAUAUUAAAGAGAUAAAUUUCUUUAACAUCAUUAAAAAUUUUUAUCUUAAAGAUUACUUAAUCAAAUAAAUUAGAAUUUAAAUUUAGAAAAAAAUUUAUUAUAAAAAUUUAAAGGAGAAACCUAAACUAAUGUUCUGUAAGUAUUAUAAUUUUUGAUUUUAGAGCUUAAUUGUAAAAUAUGGUGAAUGAUAUUUAACAAUCUUUAAGAUUUAUAUCUGAUUAGAAGAUUCAUAAAAAUUAAAAAUUUGAAUUGUCAGUCUAUCUCUUAUCUUUUGGUUGUUGGCCAAUUGGAAAAAUCUAAGAUGAAAUUAUUCCUCCUUUAUAGAUGAUAAAUUCUUUAAGGUAGAUAUAAAUGUAUAUUCUAAAAGUCUUUAUGAACAAAUUUAUUAAGAAAAAAAUAAUGGAAGAAUUCUUUAAUGGACUUUCAAUUAUGGAUCAGGUGAAAUAAAUUAUAAAAUAUAGAAUGAUAAAUAUUAUUUUAGUGUUACAACACUUUAAAUAAUAUCAUUUUUAUAAUUUAAUUAAGAGGAUUAAUUAACUAUUCAAUAAAUUUAUGAUAGAACAUAAAUAAAUUAAGUAUUUUACAUUCAUUAUAAGAUAGAUUGAUUUGGAAAACUCUCUUAUUCCCUUUAUUUGUAAUAAGAUUUUAUAAAGAUAAAAAUAAGAUCUUGAUACUUUUUCUGAUAAAAAUGAAAUUAUUAAAUUGAAUCUUGUUUUUAAUAAUAAGUAAAAAAGAAUAAAAAUGUUACCACAUUCUAAGAUGUAACCUAAACGUGAAGUAAUUUAUAGAUAAUUAUUAAUAAUAGAGAAAAUUAGGAGAAUUAACUUAGGAAGAAAAAGAAUAUGAGGAAUAACUUAUAAAACAAAGAGAAUUUGUUGUUGAUUCUUAACUGGUUAGAACUAUGAAGAGUAAAAAAACAAUAAAACAUUUCGAUUUAUUAGCAUAAUGUUAAUAAAUGAUAACUAUAUUCAAGCCAGAUGUUAAAUUUGUGAAAAAAAGAAUAGAAAAUUUAAUUGAAAGAGGAUAUAUAAAAAGGGAUGAAGUAGAUUGGUAUUAAAUACAAUUAUCUUAGCAAUUUAUAUCAUUAUUUAAAUUGA